GUUAUUAUUGUGUUUAGUCAUUAUUGACAAAAAAAUUCGAAACUUUUCUGGAACUCUUCACGAUUAGCCCAUAAAAGCAGCCACAAUUCUGUGAGACGGCAUAUUUUCAAGUCAGAGUCAGCAACGCCACAAGAACGCUACACGCCAUGGAGUUUCCACAUUUGGGCCAGCAUUGCAGCGAGCAAACAUGCAACAGAUUGGAUUUUCUACCUGUUAAGUGUGACUCAUGCGACAAAGUAUUUUGUGCCAGCCACUACAACUACGAUCGACACAAUUGUCCGGGAGCGUACAAGAAAAAUGUCCAGGUGCCCAUCUGUCCGCUCUGCCACGAGCCAGUGCCCACGGCGCCUGGCGUGGAGCCCGACCUAACAGUGGGCCAGCACAUAGACAAACAAUGCAAAUCGGAGAGCAAGAAAAUCUAUACAAAUCGCUGCCAUGCCAAAGGUUGUAAGCGCAAGGAACUCAUUCCCGUGAAGUGCACGCAGUGCCAGUUGAACUUUUGUCUACGUCACCGCCACACCAGCGACCACGAGUGCAGACCGAACGAGCCCGCGCCAGCAGCGCCCAGUGGAUCCAGCGGAAUCUUUCAAUCCAUAUUCAAGCCAUCCACUGACACGCGUUCGAUGGCAGCCAAAGCGGCGGAAAGUCGUCGUCAGAAUAAGCCGCCAGCAAACCAUUUGUUCAACUCGAAUCGCAGACCGCGACCCGUGCAGGCCACACAAGUACAAAACAUACAGGGAAAUAUGACUGAAGACGAGGCUUUGGCACGUGCGCUAGCCUUAUCCAUAAUGGAGCAGGAUGAUGCUGCGGAACAGCAGCGUAAUCGUCAGCCACCAGCUCAGACUGUGACUGUGGGUGGACAGCAAUCGAGCAGCAAGGACAAGUGUUCGCUCUCCUAGUUACUGCUCCUAGCCAGCACCUUACGAGUCUCCAGACAUAUCCAUCACUUGACCAGCAGCAAGGUUUCUGCCCACAAAUACUAUUAGAAAAUAUCUACAACUAUUUGCAUAUUGUUAUUGUAAUGUUUAGUUGUUAAUUUACUUCGACUUCGUCACAUUCUACGUGGUUUAGCAAAAAAUAAAUCAAUGUUAAUUCUA